AUGAUUGAAAAACCUGUGUACACAAAAUUUGUCCGGUUAUUGGAGCUGCCCGGUUAUAAGGACUGUCCGUCUUGGGGAAUAUCACUUCCUAAAACGCCAGCUGAAGAGUUAUACCAGCAGAAUAAUAACAAUUAUACAAAAAAUAUUGUGGAACGAAAAAGUUCUACAACGCCAGCCGAUGAUAAUACCGGCAAAUUAAAUAAAAAAUAUAUUGUGGAACAAAAAAGUUCUACAACGCCAGCUGAUGAAUUUACCGGCAACAUAAACGAUAACUAUUCGAUACUGGGUGAAAGUGGCUCAGAAAUGAAUGAUGAUAAUGAUAAUUACUAUUCGGUUCAAAUAAUCGAUGGGGCUGAUGGCAAAUGUACUGCGGAAUUCAAAGUGGAACCUGAACAUGUCAAUCGCGGUGGAUUUUUACAUGGCGGGUUUACAGCUACUGUAGUUGAUAUGGUGACCACGUACGCACUUAUGUCCAAACCCUGUAAUCCCGGCGUUACAGUUGAUUUGCAUGUUACUUACUUAAAAGCAGCUAAAGAAGGUGACACAAUUGUAGUUUCUGCAAAUACAAUAAGAGCGGGGAAAAAACUAGCUUUUAUUGAAUGCGUUUUAAUGCAGAAAAAUGAUGGAGCCAUUGUAGCUAAGGGAAGUCAAACAAAAUUUGUAGAAUGUAUGUAGUGAUAAUGAUAUACCACUUCACUGGAUUAUUAAAUAAAAGUCACUAAGUUUAUCGUACAAUAAAUAUGGAAUAAAAACAUUACAAAACUAUGUA